AUGAAAACAAAGGAAACCUUAUCAACUAGCUCAAAUAAUUCUACUAAAACGAACAAGUUAACAACAUAUGAACGAUUUGUUAUUCCUACAAAUAAAGAUUUACAAGCUAUUCAAGCUUAUUCUCGCGUUGCUAAUACAGAUGAUAGUACUAAAACUUGGAUGAAUCUUUUUAAUUCCUAUAGAGAAGCAGCCAAUUUUACUAAUCCUCUUGAACUAUUGGAUGAUACUACAUUACAAGAACAGCUUUGUCAAUUUUUUUGUGGUGUUAGAAAAUCAGGAAAAAAAGAAUAUGCACCUUCUUCAUUACAUGUAGGCUUUGCUGCAAUUGCUAGAGGAUUGUCAGAUAUUUUUUAUCCAAAUAGAAUUAUUAAUAUUCAUGAUAAACACAAAUGGAAACGAUUACAUGAAAUUUUUGAUGGUCGAAUUAAACAAAUUCAAGACAAUCAAGAUACAUCCUGUAAGAAAACUGAUGCACUUGAAAUGUGUGAGAUUAAAACUAUCCUUGAUUCACCAAAUAUACAAACUGAUACACCAAAGGGUCUUACAUACCGUGUUUGGUUUUGGUUAACACUUCUUUGCAAUCUGCGUGGUGGUGAUCCAAAAAGACUAAAAAAUUCCUGGAUUGUUCUCAAUGAAGAUCACAGUAUUGAAGUAAAUAUACCUCGUGAGAAAAAUAAUGCAGGAGGUGCCAAAAAUCCUUACAAUUCUGGUCAGCAUAAUUAUAUUCCUCCAGAUCUACCAAAUAAUUAUUCACCAGUGGCAGAUAUUCUAUUAUAUCAAUCUAAAAGACCAAAAAACUGCAAAACUUCAGAGUUUUUUUUAAAAAUAAAUACACCACGAGAAAUAUAUCAUGGUAAUUGGUUUUCUGAUUUAAAACUUGGCAAAAAUUCUCAUGAUAAUAUGCUUAAAAAUAUUGUGGCAGAUUGUAAAAUUGAUGCAAAUGGACGUAAUCUUGUCAAUCAUUCAAUGCGUUCAACUGGAAUUUCUUUAUGGAUGUUACUUGGUAUAUCUCAUGCAGAACAGAUGGAUAUUACAGGACAUAGAACACUUGCUGGGAUUUCUGCAUAUUCAACUUCAACUGCUCAACAAAGAAAAAAAAAUGUUUCACUUCUUAUUCCCCAAAAAAGAAAUGCGGAUGAUCUUAAUGAAGAAUGUUUAACUAAAAAUUUUUCUAACAAAAAACAAAAUCCUUUAAGAGAAAAUACAUCGGGAAAUCAAGGUUUUAUUCCUGCUUCUCAAUUAUUACGAUAUGAUCAACUUGAAAUACAAUCUUUAGAACAAGACCAUAAAAUACCUCAAGAUUCAUCAAAAUUACCAAUAAUUAAUAUUGAAAAUAUUAAUAUUCAAAAUUGUAAUAAUGUAAAAGUAGAAGUUAUUGUUAAACCAUUUGAAUAGUUAAAUAAAUAGUGUAGUAAUGUAAUUUUAUAUAUUUGUAAUAAUGAAAAAAUAAUUUGAGGAGUAUAAAAAAGUUUAUUGCUAUGAA